AUGUUUAAUAAAUAUGAUGAGUCGAGUAAUGAGAUGAAUUUUCACACUGAUAUUACAGAGAAGCACAAAAUAAAUCAUAAUCAUAGUGAUGAGAAUAAUAAUAAUAAUAACACUGAAUGUAGUAGUAGUAAUAGUAGUAAUAAUAGUAAAACUUUGAAUAAAAAAUCUAAAAGAGCUCGGACAGCUUACACGCAAACACAAUUGAUAGAAUUAGAAAAAGAAUUUUGGUAUAGCCAAUAUUUAUGUCGACCGCGUAGAAUUGAAAUAGCUUCAACACUUAAAUUAACUGAAAAACAAAUUAAAGUAUGGUUUCAAAAUCGUCGUAUGAAAUUUAAACGACAAAAAUCGGCAGAAAAUUUAUAUCCAUCUACACAUUAUGGAGAUAUGAAUACUUCAAAUGGAUUCCUCAGAUCAGGAUUUCCAACUCGAUGUCAUAACCCAAUUGAUGGAAUUCAUUUAACGGAGACAAAUCCAACAAUAUGUCUUAAUCAUAAUACUAAAACUGUUGCAUAUAAUACUUGUAAAUGUAGCAAUAAUCUUGAGAUAACCGAUAAAUAUGAUACUCAACCAUGUUCAUAUAAAUUAGAUAAUACAAGUAUUUUAAUACAUCAUAACCUAGAAACUAUUAAAACAAAUAAUAAUUAUCAAUUAAUUGAAUGUAAAUUAAAGGAACACAAUGAUUCAUACAAUAAAUCUCUAAUCAAUAAUGAAUUAUUACCAACAGAUCAUUAUUCUAUUAAUUUUAAUGAAAAUAAUAAUAAAUUACAUUGUGAUGAACAAUUUACCUCAUUUAAUCCAUUAACAUAUUCUAAACAUAUACAUCUUAUUAAUCAGCAACCAAAUUGUUUACAUGAACAACAGAACAAUUCUUUAUCUGGAUUAAAUUCUUAUUAUUUACAAGAUCUUCAUCAUAACUAUUCAUAUCAUAAUUCAAAUCAAUUACUUGAACUCAAUAUGACUAGACUACUUCGUUCAAUAGAAUCGACUGUAAAAAGUUCCGUUCAAAGCGGUAGACUUGACUUUCGACUAGCUGCACGAAGGUUGUUACCGCGCAUUGCUUUCCUUCGGUCAAUGGCACUUGUAGCUCCUAAAGCUCUCCAAGGGCUGUACCUGUUUUGUGAACCUCUUGCCGAAGGAUCAUUUGGCGUGCUGUACGUUGCACUCCACGCAGUUACACGACAGAAGGUUGCAAUCAAAAUACUGGAUAAGAGGAAGCUCGGGUCUGAUGCAUAUCGAGUCAAGGGUGAAAUAGAAGCUCUUAAACAGCUAAAUCACAAAUACAUAUACAAGUUGUAUCAGGUUGUGGAGACACAGACACACUAUUACCUUGUUUUGGAGUAUCUUCCUGGUGGAGAGUUGUUUGAUUAUAUACUUCAGAAAGAGCACUUGUCUGAGGUUGAAGCUCGCGUCAUAUUUAGACAGAUUGUUUCAGCCAUAGGAUAUAUUCAUAGCAGAGGUUUUGCUCAUCGUGAUCUAAAACCAGAAAAUAUUCUGCUGGAUAAUGAUCAGAACGUAAGAAUAAUUGACUUUGGAUUAUGUGCAAAGGGUCAUAAUCUGUCAAUGCUAAACACAUUUUGUGGAUCAUUUGCUUACGUAGCUCCAGAAGUUUUGGCUAACAAGGAAUACUCAGGAAGUGCUGCAGAUAUUUGGUCCUUGGGUGUCAUUCUCUACGCAUUACUUUGUGGUCGUUUACCAUUUGACCCCACAAAACCGGAAGAGCUCCCACAAAUAAUUGGUAAAGGUUUGUUUGCAGUUCCUGAUGGUCUUAGCAAAACGAGCAAACAACUUCUUAAUCAAAUGAUAUGUGUUGAUCCCAAGAAGCGUAUAAAAAUGGAUGAACUCAGACGUCACGCGUGGGUAGUUGAAGGUUUUAUGGGUCAUCCUGUGGAUCUAGAUGAAGAAAAAAUACCGUUGUCGCCUCUCAACAUGCAAAUUGUCGCUGAAAUCACUGCGUACACUCGGAUUCCAAAAGUGGAGCUUGCUCGGAUGUUGCAAAAACGUCCAUAUGAUUAUAUUAUGGCCACUUAUAUGAUAAUGGAAUCAGUUUUAGAGGAGGAGGACGUGUUUAUCCGACUCCAACGCCGCAAUAAUCUACCUCCUAGUGCAGCAGUACCAUCUAAGAAGCUCCAUACAUUUUCUUGUCGUCAAAUUCGAGAUGAAAAAUUUUCAGCUUCAGCCCCCAGUAGUACCCCACUACACCGUGGAAACGUGACUGUUCCAUCAUCGAUACCCGGAGCUCCUUUGCAUGUUAGAUCUGGCAACUUAAUUCAAGCUGCUUUUAUUGAUGAAUCCAGUACUUCUGAUUUACUUAUCGAAGCUGAUAAAAGUACCAAGCUCAAUUCAUCUUUCUCUCCAUCUAAACGUGAUAUUUUUCCAACUCAAAAUAAACACAGAACUGGUCAUACUAAAAGUGAAGUCGAAAAUUGUCCUCCUCAGUUCUUUUAUCCUGAUAUGGUUCCAGUGAAUAAAAUGAUCCCUCAAUCUCGAGGUAAAGUUACAGAUCAUCCUGGUCUAUCUCCCAGUCGUUCCGUUGACUCUCAGCUCAUCAAUUUGACGCAUGAUUUUCACAAUGCGCACUUGACUGAAAAAAGACGUCCUAUUUCGGUAACUGAGGCUACUAGUGAGGACAACUUAUCUACCGCCUACUCAUCGUUGUCAUCGCAAUUACAGCAUGAAAUAGCAUCUCUCCACUCAAGUCCUGGCGUCGCCGGUGAUGAUUUCUCACAAUCCCAAAGUUCAGCUGAUGAAUGUGGGACCAAUUCAAGUCGUGUUCCUGAAGUUAGUAGUUGGCGCAAUUUCGGGCGUCUACGAAAAGCUCUUACUCCAAAAAACGUCGUGCCAGAUGGUCGACUUGUUGUGGAUCGGUUACGAAAAACGCGUCAUUUAAACAAUGUGUUAAUUGUACGAAACGACUUGAGUCCUGGUCAGGUGUUUGAUCAAAUAACUGCAGCGUUAAAGCAACAGUCUAUACGCUUUACUCUUAAAGGAUCUGGCUUCCUGUGCGUUUUCGCCAAUGAUUGGGGAAAAACUGUGUUGUCAUUCGAACUGGAACUGGUUUAUGUUUCAGCCAGGGCACUCGAAGCUUCAGUUCGGCGUCGAAUGACUUUAAGGUCAACGUCACCAGCAGCCCCCAUGGUUCCUGCGCAUUCAAGUGAAAUUUCAAACCAUCCUGGAAUGGCUACCAAUACAUCGACUUCUUCUAAAGGUUCCUCCCGUCUGCCUUCAAAUUCUCGCGACCAGCAUGAUCGAAUGCUUGGAAUAAAGAUGAAACGUAUUCGUGGUGACUCAUUCAUGUACACUAGCUUAUGUCGUACUAUUCUUGACUUAGCUGGUUUGCGACCAGAAAAUUAA